AUGAUUACUCAACCAGAGAAUCAGUCUCAGGAACGCGUCCAAGCGAUACGAUCCGUGUACAGGACCAUCACUCCCAACGCCACGGCCUCCACAAUUGCCGCGACAGAGUCGGAGUUUGUGCACGUCACUGUCUAUUUGGACCCUACAGGACGAGAGAUUGUUUUCUGGGAGGAUAUUUGUUCGUCUUCAAGGACGCAGCUUGAGCCUCUCUGCUUCAUUGCAAUACCCGAUGUUGUCCUGGACGUCUAUGUGGAAGCGCCAUUGAUGCAGAUGGAUCCUAUCACAUCAGUCCUACGAGCACUUCAGGUGUCGCCUGCAGCAGGACCUCACCUAUCUCUUCAUUCGGCGAAUCUGCCAACAGCCCACUCAACAUUCGAAUUGGCACCGAGACCUGCACCUCAGUUAACACGCCAGUUGUCUCUCACGUCGGAGGUUCAUCCAAAAGCCCAGCCGGCGCCAAAGUCAGCCGGUACUGAUAAGGACAUCGGCACCUUCAUCAGUGCCAAAGCAGGAGACGUUCAUGCCCCGAUCAAGCUAGCGGAGGCUUACAGUUCGAAGGCUGCUGUUUGGUACAACAAGGUUGCCCACAAUGGAUCUGCAAAGGUCCAGUCCAACCUUGGUAUCCUCUACAUUAAAGACGACGGCGUCGAGAAGAACAACACGCUGGCUAUGCUGUGGCUUGUUAUGGCAGUCAAACAAGGCAAUGCAAGUACCCACAACCCAUUCACUCACCCACUUGCCGAGGUCAUGUUGAUCACCCAGAAUGGUCCUCAGGAACGAGUCCAAGCGAUACGUCCCAUCUACAAGAUUAGCCCGUCCGCCUCUACUUCUGCCGUUUCAACUACACCACCAUCGAAUCUAGAGAUUGUCCAAAUCGAGGUCCGCCUCGACUCUGACGGCAAAGACAUUAUACUAUGGGACGACAUCCUCAGCGCCUUCAAGGAUGCCGUCAACAUUCGCCGUGGGGUCAAGGUCCUCCCCUUUCUGAAGGACAAGGAGUUCAAAAACCUCCACCCCCUUCGGAUUGCCGCUGUGCCAAACACUGUCCUGGACGUGCUUGUGGAUGAUCUAUCGGUGAGCGCCACUACGGCGCCAGUGGCCCUAACCCCACCUCCAUCGCUACCGAGGCCAACGCCCUCGUCAGUACCUGAGCCAUCAGCUCAACCGGUACCUCAAUUGGCGCCUAGGCCAGUACCUCAGCCAGUGUCCCAAGCGGCGUCUCGGACGUCAAACUUGCUUGAGUCCGCGCUACCACACCAUCCGCAACCAAAGACAACAAGGCGGCUGGCAUCAAGACCUAAAUCGCAGUCAGCACCUCACCCAGCGCUUCAUUCUGUCCUCCUCUCACCAUCUCAAUCGCCUCUACCAUCUGUCGUAACUAUGCCAUCCAGAAUACACAACCUCGACCCCAAAUACGCUGGCGAGGAUGCGAAGGGUCAUUCCAAGAACUACACUAGCACUGACGACAGCAGCUCGGACGAAAGCAAUAACAAUACUCCUUCCGCCAUCGUCAAGUCACCACACAGCACUCAAUCCACGGAGAAUCAUCGUAUCUCCUACCUUGACAACACCCAUGGCGCCGUCGAGGACAUCACCUACACCUUUAUCAAGGCCCAGCAAGGGGACCUCCGCUCACAGUUCAAGCUGGCGAUGGCCUACAAGCACGGCUCCGAUGGUCUCUUCCAGAGCGACGAGUCGGCAAUGAGUUGGCUCCGCAAGGCUGCCGAGCAAGGUCAUGCGGGAGCAGAGUGUGAGAUUGGGCUGUUCUACGAGAUGGGCCGAGGUGGUGUCGAGGAGGAUGAUGUCGCGGCAGUUGAAUGGUACCGCAAGGCUGCCAACCGCGGGCACGCAGAUGCUCAGAAGAACCUUGGGUCCAUGUAUGCUCAAGGUUGGGGAGUGGAAGAGGAUCAUUCAGAGGCCGCUCGAUGGUAUUGCAAAGCCGCGGGUCAGGGUCAUGCGUCUGCUCAGUUCAGCCUUGCCGUUCUAUAUACCCAAGGCCAAGGGGUCCCCAAGGAUGGAUUCAAGGCAUAUGAGUGGUUCCGAAAAGCCGCCAGCCAAGGACACGUCGAAGCUCGGUUCAGCCUCGGGUCCAUGUACUUUGACAGUCAAUGCGGCGUCCACAAGAACUACUCCAAGGCGAUGAACCAGUUCCAGAAGGCUGCCGCUGAGGGCCACUGUGACGCCCAGUUCCACAUCGGGGUCAUGCACGCCAACGGUCUUGGCGUUCCACAGGACGAUGAGAAGGCCAUGCCAUGGUUCUACAUGGCCGCCAAACAAUGCCAUGCCGAGGCCCAGUCUUGUCUCGCGGUCCUCUUCUUCACGAGUCGGGGUGUUGUGCAAGACCACGAGGAGGCCCUGCAGUGGUUUCUUAAAGCGGCCAGACAAGGACAUAUACCGUCGAUGUUCAACCUAGGCAUCAUUUACAGCUCCAAGCGCUUCUGGGACAAGUCUCUUGCCAUGUAUUGGUACCUCAAGGCUGCGGAUGGUGGGUACAAGGGUGCGCGUGAAGCCUAUGAAACCCUCAGUGCACAACAUUGA